AUGGCCAGGGAUACUGGGACUUGCAGUCUAAGCCAGUUUGAGGAAGGAAGCUCAGCUGCAGCCACUCAACGACCCAAGAACUCCACUCUGCAUCGCCUGACCCGGCGCCUCCUGAAGAACUACAAGAAGGGAGUGAGGCCGGUCCGAAACUGGGCUGAGGCCACCACUGUCUAUCUCGACCUCUCCAUCCAUGCGGUACUGGACGUGGAUGGUCAGAAUCAGAAGCUAACAACAAGCAUCUCAUAUCGACAGUUCUGGAGGGAUGAAUAUCUCAUUUGGAAUUCCAGUGGCUAUGACGGGAUCCAAGAAAUCUCUUUGCCCAUCAGCUCCAUUUGGGUUCCGGAUAUUAUCAUUGGUGAAUCUGUGGAUGCCAGCAGAUCCCCUGAUAUCCCAUUUGUUUACUUAAAUGCCACUGGCAUGAUCAGGAACUACAAGCCCAUGCAAGUGGUGUCAGCAUGCAGCCUGGAAAUGUAUGCCUUCCCGUUCGACACCCAGAACUGCAGCCUGACCUUCAAUAGCGCCUUGCACACAGUUCAGGAUGUGGAUCUUGCCUUCCGGAGGAGUGAUGAGGGAAUCAAGAGCGAGCAGAAGUUGUUUCUGAACGAUGGAGAAUGGGAGCUGGUUUCUGUGCUCUGUGAGCGAAUUAUCCUGCAAACUCAAUCUGGAAGCUUUGCCCAGAUUCGGUUUCAUGUUGUUAUCUGCAGACGUCCCCUGCUCUACGUAGUCAGUUUGGUAGUUCCCAGCAUUAUCUUGAUAGCCGUGGACCUGGCCAGCUUUUAUCUGCCCCUGAACUCAGCAACAAGAAUAACAUUCAAAACCAGUGUACUGGUGGGCUACACACUAUUCAAAGUCAACAUGUCAGAUGAGCUGCCCACUACUGGAACUGGUACUCCUCUGAUCAGUGUCUUCUUCACCAUCUGCAUGGCUCUGUUGGUCCUCAGCCUAUCCAAAUCCAUCUUACUCAUCAAGUUCCUCCACUUGGGUGAAGACCAUAUUCGGGAGAAGCUCUUUACUUCUUGCUCUUGCAAGAGCACUGAUGAACAUGGGGGUGGACAUUCCAAGGUGUCCAGGAGCACAGGAGGAAAAGGCAAUGAUGUUGCAGAGAUCACAUGGACUCGGGAAGACGCGGGCUUGAAAGACCACCAGGUUGGAACAACCACACUUCUGAUGGAGAAGAUCCUAAGAGAGCUCCUUCCCGUCAGUUCCCACCUCCGUGCAUUGGAUGGGGCUGCCAAAGCAGGGGGCGACUGGCUUGCUCUCUCAGACAAGCUGGACAAGCUCUUGUUCUGUAUUUAUCUCCUAGUGCUGGCCAUUUACGGGGUCACCAUGGGCUCCCUCUGGAUGGCAUGGAGCUUGCAGUAA